AUGGCGGAAGCCGCCCCCAAGCGCCCGCGCGUAGGGAGCUGGUCAGCCAAUUGUUUGAAUCAAGGCUGCCGAAGCGUGCAGAGCUUCCGGAAGCUGAACCGCAUCGACGAGGGCACCUACGGCGUCGUGUACCGCGCCUGUGAGGUUGAGACCGGCGAGGUCGUUGCCCUGAAGCAGUUGAAGCUUACGGCGGUGAAGUCGGAGGAUGGCUUCCCUGUGUCGUCGAUCCGCGAGAUUUCAAUUCUCCUCGAGAUCCAUCAUCCCAACAUCGUGCAAUGUCGCGAGGUGGUGGUGGGGAAUACCUUGCAGCACGUCUUUAUGGCUAUGGAGUACGUGGAGCACGAGCUCAAGGUCUUGCUGGUACAACACGCCUUCGCCGUGGCGGAACAGAAGUGCUUGCUGCGGCAGCUGCUCGCGGGGGUGGCGCACCUCCACCUGAACUGGAUCGUGCACCGAGACUUGAAGACCUCGAACAUCUUGCUGGACAGGAAUGGGAUCUUGAAGAUCUGCGAUUUCGGCCUCGCGCGCCACUUCGGAGAGCCCCUGCGUCCCUAUACCCAGGGAGUGCAGUCCCUUUGGUACAGAGCACCUGAGCUUUUGCUGGGUGAAAGGACCUACAGCAGUGCCAUCGACCUUUGGAGCAGUGGCUGCAUCUUCUCCGAGAUGCUUCUGCGACGCCCCGUCUUCGAGGGCCGUGCGGAGCUUCAUCAACUGGGCCUGAUCUUCGGGCUGGUGGGUCUGCCGGACGAGGAGUCUUGGCCGGGCUGCAGCCAGCUGUCGAACUGGAAGGCGACUGAGAGCUUCAAAGAGAUCUUCGAGCCUGGCUGGCGCGAGCUCUUCGCCUUUCCACCGGAGGGUGCACUGUCAGAGCUGGGGCUGGUGUUGCUGCAAGGGCUUCUGGAGUGUUGCCCUGAGAGGCGCUUGGCAGCUGCUGCAGCAGUCGAGCAUCCUUACUUUCAGGAGGCGCCGCAGCCACAAGAGCCUGGCAUGCUUCCGACCUUCAAGGAGUCCAACACGCUGACGCGGCACCAGUCCCGAUGA